AAAAGACUUGCUUUCAAGUGAUCACUUAUUAGAAACAAAUUCAAAGAACUUAAGUGAGUUAUAAUUUUUUUUUUUGUGUGUGUGUAAGGGAUGGGGAGAACACCAUGUUGUGAGAAGAAAGGUUUAAAGAAAGGGCCAUGGACACCUGAGGAAGAUGAAAAGCUUGUUGAGUAUAUCAAGAAUCAUGGUCAUGGUAGUUGGCGUUCUCUUCCACAUCUUGCAGGUCUUGCUCGUUGCGGAAAGAGUUGCCGUCUUAGAUGGACAAAUUAUCUAAGGCCAGACAUAAAAAGAGGUCCCUUUAGCCAUGAUGAAGAAAAGCUUGUCAUACAGUUACAUGGAAUUCUUGGCAACAGAUGGGCUGCGAUUGCAUCGCAACUGCCUGGAAGGACCGAUAAUGAGAUCAAGAACUUAUGGAAUACUCACCUGAAGAAACGCCUACUUUCCAUGGGCGUUGAUCCUCAGACUCAUGAACCCUUUUCAGCACCUAAUGGGCUGAUGAUAACUCCACCUACAUCACUUGCAGCCCGCCAUAUGGCACAAUGGGAAAGUGCAAGGCUGGAAGCUGAGGCUCGUCUCUCCAGGGAAUCCCAACCAUUGGUUCCAUCAUCAGUAGGAAGAUCUGGAGCCGACUACUUUUUGCGCAUAUGGAAUUCAGAAGUAGGAGAAGCAUUUAGGAAACUCAACAAAAAAGAAGGCAGGACUACUUGUGAAAGUCCAGCUUCUCAAGCAUCUUCAUCAACAAAGUUCGGAUCUACUUCAGGCGUCACAACUGAGAUGGAUGUUAGUUUUGCUGCCUACCAAAUUGAAGAUGCAGAGUGGAAGAACAGCCAAUCAUAUACGGAAGAUGUCUUGCGAGGAUACGAUGAUACCUCUAGCUCCAGUGGAUUGGAGGAUUCUUCUGAAUCAGCACUGCAACUUCUAUUGGAUUUCCCGAGUAACAACGACAUGAGCUUUCUUGGACACAGUGAUACCUACAGCUUGUAUCCUGAAUUCUUGAGUGAAAGCUCCUUUAAAUUCUCUUCAGCAGAACAUGAAGUUGGCUUUCUCUGAAUAUGUUAGUCGCGAUUCGCGAAAGCCUAAAUUGUCGAAAAAAUACUGUUCUUUUCUAGUAGGUUCAGCUGCAGAAAAGAUUUGUAUUUUGACUUCACUAUGCAUUAUUAGCCAUCUUGAGUGGUAUGUAAGCCAAGACAUGUCAGGCAAAUUUUGGUCACCAUGUCUUGAAGCUCAUCUUUUGUAGUUAUAUCUUUUGCAUAGCUAAAAACAUUGGGAGAAUCUUUGUUAACUCAUUUGCUAGUUAAUGGAAUUGUUGACAUUU